GAAAAUUCACGACGGAAGUCGGCAAUGGGCGAUUGAUCAUAGCAAUCCUGCCCAACUGAAAUUGGGAUACGCAUAUUAAAUUGAAAUGAAGCAUUAGAAGUAUCAAGAAGGUAGCAUUGCACGCGGCGGUUUAACCUCCGUUCGCUCCCGACAGAAACCCUUGUAUUCGUCCUCAAAAGUUUGAUAUCAGUUUUCACUGUGUGGACUUAGUGUUUUUAGUGUUCAGUGCAUGUUUUAAAGUUAUAAUUGUCGUCGGCCCCCUCGUUUUUCCCUGUUCACGCCGGUAUGGAGGCCGGAUGGACCCGGAUGGUCCGGGGUGGAAGCGGGGGGAAGCCGAUUUUUUUGGUAUCGGUCAAAAUCGUUUUUUGCUAGCUGAGCAAAUUAUUGGUUAUUUUUCUUCUUUCUACAUGGUGGUCAUUGACCAGAAGCGAAAAUCCUCGACGGAAGUCGGCAAUGGGCGAAUGAUCCUAGCAGUCGAGCACAAAAGAAAUAGAUAUUGACUAUUUUUUUACUAUGGAAAGAUGAUAAUUUCAUUGAAAAUUUCGACUUUCUAAACUGUUCCAUUUGUUAUAAAGCAUAAACAUUGGUUGAAGAGCAAUUCCGAGACUGUUAAGGUUUUUUUCUUUUUCUCUUUCGAAUUCUACUAAUUUUAAAAUCCUGUGGCAUUCGAACCCUUUUUGAUGUGAAACGUGAAAAAAAAGAAGAAGUAGUAUUCUAUGGUGUGCAAUUAAUUUUAAUAUAUGUUUAUUUGUUUUUGUUGUAUGUUAAUUUUACAAAAAGAAAUCUUAUUUUGGGUGUAAAGAAGGCGCGGUAAAAAUAGUAACCUCCAGAUGGACGAAUCACGUUUCUGUAGACUAUGUUUAACCACAUCCUCAAUAUUGUAUUCCUUAUUAGAUAAUAAUGGUUCAGAAAUGCUUGAAAAUCUAACAGGAAUUAAAAUCUGUUUAGAUACCUAUUCCACAUAUUCCUGUGUAAAAUGUUGGUUAAAUUUAAGAUUAGCUCAUCACAUUCAACAAAACUUUCUUGAAUCUGAGAAGAAACUUCAUGAAAUGACUCCCGAAAUAAUAUUGGAUAAAGAAAGUGAUGUAGUUCUAAAUGAUGGCAAUGAGACUAAUGAGGCUACUGAAGGAACCCAUGCUCCUAUUAUACAAUCUAUUAAGUCAGAGUUAGAAGAAGAUUCAGCUGAAUUUAUAAUUAUUGAAAGCGAUAAUAGUCAGUUUAAUGCGUUUUGCAAUUGCUUAAUAUGUGGAGUAAGUAUGGAAGAUGACCAUGAGUAUUAUUCCCACAUAAAAGAACACUAUAAUGAAGAACAGACAUGUGAAGAUUGUGGGGCCACUUUGGGUGAUAUAACUUCUUACAGAGACCAUAUCCUCUCAAAACAUACAGUAUUGAGUUCAAAAACAUGGAAAUGUAGCAUAUGCCAGCUUUCCUUCCAAUACAAACCUUUGUAUAAUGUUCACCUAAGGUCUGCUCAUGGUGAACUAUUGAAAACCAAACAAAAUCAGAAAGCAACAGGAGCUGGAAUAAAAGACCAGCUCAAAUGUCUUGAAUGCAAUAAAGUUUUUUUGAAGCGUAGUGCUUACUCUGCUCAUGUUAAGGGUCAUACAAGAGUAAAAUGUCCAAUCUGCAGUGCAGAAAUUACUAGAUAUAACAUUAGUAAACAUGUGAUGUUGCACAAUUCUGGUCCCUCUGUCUGUCACCUUUGUGGUGUAGAAUUAAAAAACAUUGAGAGUCUCAGAGGUCACCUGUAUUAUACACAUUCUAAGAAAAGAUUUUCUUGUGAACAGUGUGGAAGAGUUUUUUCUAAGGCAUACAAUUACAAGAUCCACAUCAAAAAAGAACACACAGGUGAAAAGGGAUUUACUUGUGAUACAUGUGGAAAAGGCUUUUUUACUCAGUACACUUUAAAUAAGCAUGUAAAAAUGACUCAUCUAAAGUUACGCCCGCACAUUUGCAAAUAUUGCAAGAAAGGAUUCUCCAGUCGCUUUGCUCUAAGAACUCAUGAGAGGCAACACACAAACGAAGCUCCAUACAUUUGCGAUGUGUGUGGCGAGGGCUUCCGGCAAAAAGUGUCGAUGAGAGCCCAUAGAAAAUCAAAACACAACAUCAUAGAAUUGAAAAAAGUUAAAUGCCCAACUUGUGCCAAAAUGUUUAUAAAUGAUGUGGCCCUUAGAAGCCAUGUAAUGAAAAGGCAUUGAGUAUAUAUUUAGUUAUCCUUUUGAAAUGUAAUUGGAAGUGUUGUGCUAGAUUGUAAUAAAUUAUUUUAUAUUAUUUUACAAUUUUAACAAUUUAUAUGUUAUUAAAGAGAAAUAUCACCCUUUGAUGGUAAGAAUUUGGUUUAAUGA